AUGAAGGUGUCAACAUUUCCUCCACUUCAUGCCACCGCCAUGGACAAAAAUCUGUCUCUGCAACAGAAAAUACUGGUGCGUUUUAACGAGAGACGGAGAGAGGUUGAUGCCAACCCCAGGAUCCUUAAUAAGUACAGCCCUGUUCUGUUUAUAGCGGAAGUGACGGGUGUAUGGUACUACGGCACGUGUCAUGCUGUGCCAUUUUUGUAUGCAGGUUACGGUGAACAAACAAUCAAAGUCAUACAGGCCAUCGUUUGUUUUCUUACGUUUGAAGUAGUAAUCAACUGGUGGUAUGUUCAUACCGUGGAGUCAAACUAUGAUCCUCAGCGUCACGGGACAGAACAGGUGCACAAAUCUGAGGCGCUGUCACAGGUAGUGUGUGAUACAGACUUCCAAAGUAAGAGGCGGGAAGCUCACAGGACCGGACGUGACUCCACUUCCGGACAAUAUUGGUCGUGGAAGUAUUGCUCUGUCUGCGAUCAGCCAAGCCCCCCUCGUUGUCACCACUGUAUACUUUGUAACCGAUGUUCGCUCAAACGUGACCACCACUGUUUCUUUGCCCGGAACUGUGUUGGCUAUCGUAACUUUCGUCAUUUCACAGUUAUGGUGUUCUGGGCAAAUUUAGCAUCCGUAAUUGGUUUUGCCCAUGCAGUUCCGUUCCUGUUAAUGGACGUGUUGCCUGAAGACGGAUAUAUAGAUUUGCUCCCUUUCGUGGCCUUCAUUCGAUGGCUCUUUGGGUACUCCAACUUCCGAGUAGGGGUCAUUGUUCUAGGAUUGUGGUUUCUGGCAAUGCUUGUGGUUUUGACGACUUCAAUGAUGAAUGACAGCCGUAAAUGGGUUAUUCAGGGUAAAACAUCAUACGAGGUUGACAAUAAUAUUCCCAUCAGGGACACCAGAACCGUGGGAGACAAAAUUCGAGCCGUUUAUGGUCAAUAUUGGCUAUUAAAUUUCAUGGUGCCGAUGCACUGGAUGUUUCAACCCGAAAUAGAUCCUGUUAACUGGCCCACGAUAAACAACUGA